CAGGAGCAGCAACUACCGCCGAGACUUCUGCCGCGGGAACGCCCACGUGAUCGGGCCAAACGUCGUGUCCGUCAAGAUGAAACGACACGACGAGAGUGAUAGAUUUUCCAAGCACUCCAGCGAUGACCGACGCUCCGUAGGCAGCAGCGGCGUCCAUCGCAGUGCCUCCGUCGACCUUCUUGAGACUGGGUCCUCGUCGUCGUCAUCUACAGCGCGGCACCACCAGUCCAGUCAUCAUCUUGCCGACACUUCCCUCAGCCAUAACUACACCAGGAUGAACGGGUAUCCACCAGUAGACAGCAGCCCUGCAAGGUUCGCUCACAGCAUGCUGACUCCUUUCAACGCCUCCAAGGGUUACAGACCUGUUUCCUUCAGUCCACCACCUCCUACCAAGAUUCUCCCAGUUAACUAAGCAAUUUUAUCAUCAAGCAAAAGAUGAGACCUGUAUUAGUUAAGUUUGUGCCUAAAAUAUAAGAGAACGUAAUCUCGCUGCGCCGUCAAAGAAAACGGCUAUCCUCUCGAUAAAUUGAACGGUGACUAAGAAAAACAAGUUGUUCUAUCAAGGAAAGACAACUAAGAAAAUGACUUUAAUAUUAUUCAAAGUUGUCGUACGGAGCGAUAGUUCCGAGUGCCAAAAUGGAAGAAAAAAAAACAUGAAAAUGAAAUGACAACUUGCAUCUUUUAGGUACAUAAGCCAUGCUUAAUGUACCUUUUACCAGUAUUAGCUGUAAUAAAAUCAUUGUUCACCUCAUGUAAAACUAAUAUUGAUGGUUAUGAGCUUUAAUGCUUCCGUCCUGUGAGAGAGAAUAUAUGGACGCUCUUUAGGUAUCUGCGUGUAUGUUUGUACGUAUGUAUGUAUGUAUAUAAAAAGGGAAAAAAAAGAUGCACUUGUAAAAUCUUUUAAAUACGCAAGUAUGAAUGAGUUCAUCCCCCUCUCAUCUCCCAAGUAAAAAUAGAAGUUCAGUGUAAUCUAGAAAUGGAUAAGCUUUAGAGAUAAGAACAUAGGCUAUCAUCAUUUUAUCAAAUAACGCUGGGCUAAGGCGACAGGUUUGGACACGCCAAUGCUCAAAUUGUUACUAUUUUUUUUAACGGGGUGUCAAUUUGAUAUCGGUUUGUUGAAAUAUAUAGAUGAUAGUAUUAACCAAGAGAUGUUUAUAAUACUAUAAGUGUCCUGUGAAGUCGGCAUUCAGUGAUAUGGAUGCUAAUUCGAGUGGUUAUCAUUAUUGUUAUUGUUGUUAUUUUGAUAUUUCUUUCUAAACUAUCAAGUAUAAUAAUGGGUAAGCAAACAGUAGAUUUAUUUGAUACUUACUGUAUAUAUAUAUACAUAAUUUAUAUAAAAGAGAAAUGAGGAAAAACGAACCAUUUGGAGAAAUCCGAUGGAAUGCUAUGACUAUAUACAAAAAAAAUAAAGAUAAAUAGAUAAAUCAAUGAAAAUAUUUCACCCACGCCUCUGAGCCGAAUCACAGGUGUAAACUGAACUAGAUGCCAGUGUUCUGUUGCUAACAUAUCAACCCUAAUGUUGUACAUUUCCAAGACAGAAGAUUCUUAUGGUGUUUCGUCCUUUGAUGAACCUUUUCGAAAAUACUCUCGACAAAUAUUCGGAUAAUCCUGCACAAGUUGUAUAUUUUUGUUGUAUAUAACAUUUUGUAUGAAACUUUUUCUUAACACUUGCUUGUAAUAUCUUAUUAACAGAAUAAAAUAUAUUUGACAUUA